AGAUGCCACGAUUCCAUAACAAGCGUCUGCACAUUCUAGAAAAUCAGGUUUCAAACAAAAAAACACAGGUUGACAAUGACUGAAUUUCACAUUGCCAAUAUUUGAUCACUAGGGAACUUAAAUUUCAAUGACAGUUACUUGGUCUUGUAGACAAUUUUAGACUCUGCAUACCUUUCUGACAGAGUAUGGGCCGAACAGAUUUUGUUCCGAAUCGUGACUUCAUUAUCUCUGUUUUGUGAUUACGUGGUCCGCUAUGAUAAUCGGCAGUUAAAUCAUAAAUGUAAACAUGGAUCCAUUCACUAUAUUACUUGGUAGGAGAAGGGACACGUGUCGAUGGUUUCAGCUCAUAAGCAUUCUAAUUUUGUUUACACAGCUUUUCUUAUGUCAAAGUACUUGUGAUAUUGAACUUGACACCUUGCAAAAAAGAAGUGCACCCGGCCUUAAAGCCCCCAAAAAACUUUGGUGGGCCAAAGAAUUAACUCCAGAUCUACAUGUUGCUGGAGGGUUAAUUGAAAGACAAAUAAAAUAUGCAUCUGAGGCUGGAUUUAGAAGCAUUAUUUCACUAUUUAAUGACUUGCGCGCUGGAGAUUUUGGUGGGGAAUACUUACCAACUGCAUUUGAGGCAAGUCAGAUAGCUAAAAUUGCUGGUCUUCAAUAUCUUGCAGUAUUGGAAGAAGAUGAAGAAUUCGCUUCUGAAGAUGCAAUAAGGAAAUUGACAGAAGCUAUUUCACAAGUAGAGAAACCAAUUCUUUUACAUUGUAAUCGUGCAUUCACAAUAGCAUAUACAACAUUGUUGUAUUUGGCAAAUCAGUCAAGACAUAAUCCAAAUUUUGUUCCACAUGUUGACAGUGAAAAAUUUUACAAAAUGAGUGCACUUAUGGGUAAAGAUUUUACCUCAAAUCAUACCUUAAAAGCUGUGGUUGCAAAAGUCACUGGUGAGCCAAUUGUAGAAAAUCCACCAAAACCAGAAACUGAGCCAGAUGACUGGCUUGAUUUCUGGCUGGCCCAUCCUGUAUACAAAAACUGGUAUACUGCUGGACAGAUCAGAAAAGGACAUUUACAGGAACUUGAGUUCAUUGGCUUUAAAUCUAUCAUUAAUAUGAGACUUGAUACAACACAUAAUGGAAAACCAUCACAGGAAACUGUAACACUUCUCAAUGUGCAAGAUGGCACACCAACAUAUGAUUCAGAUUAUAAACCUUUACGACAAACACAUUCACAUAUAAAAAAUAUAAUUCUUGAUGCGUCAAAAGAAAACCAUUAUAUCUCGCCAACUUCUCCAGUUAAUUAUGAAAAUCGACAUCAUGAAGAAUAUGGUGAUGAGAUAGGCUACAAUGAGGAUUUGCAGAGUAAACACAUUAAAGAAUUUGAUCUUGACUACUACCUUUUACCUAUAGAGUCAACUGGAAAGUACAGUAAAGAAUUAUUUGCUCAGUAUAAAGAUAAACUGCUAGAGAUUGGAAAACAAGGUCCUGUGUUAGUUCAUUGUGCUAGUGGAAAGAGAGUUGCAUUUAUGGCAGUACUUGCAGCAGCCUUACAAUAUGAGAAAGAUUUCAAGUGGGCACUGAAGCGGAUCAAUGAAUUAGGAUUUGAAGUGAGUCGAACCAAGAACAGAGAUGUUUAUGAGAUGUAUUCUGCCUGGCUAAAUCCAGAUCAUGGUAAUAAAACAGAGUUAUGAUGAAAAACAGACUGAAUAUACAUUUUACAUAGUUUUCUUUUGCUCACAUGUUACAUAUGUUUUGUUUACUGUUAAGUUUAUUUUUUGUGUUUUUUUUUCAUACACUGUACCUCUCAGAUAGGCUUCAUUAUGUGAUGGAGCAUAAGCUUAUCAGUAAUGUUUUCAUUGUUGCUUUAUAAAGGACAGAGCCAAUAUGACUAUUUUUCUUUCUUUAAUUUUUACUAGAUAUCAAAAUUUAUAAAUAUGAAUAACCCACCAAAAUAUGUGUGCUAACUAAUAAUGCUACAACAAAUUAGAAGCAAUCAAUUUAUUUCUAAGAAAUGUGAUCUACCCUUUCAGGAAGAUAAAGAUAAAUCAUUAAUGUAAAGUGUUUAUUUAUGUUAUUUUUAGUAAAAAUACAUUUUUGUAACUAUUGUCUGGAUAAAUUAAUAAAUUGAUUGAUUGAUUGUUGUUUACUUACCUUCCAUGCAUAUUCAGGAUAAAUUAAUGAUAUGCAACCAUGUCACAUGUUACAGUAAACCUGCUGGCUUUUUAUUUGGAUUUUGAUUCAGCCAUGCUGGAUCUAUGCGAUCACUCUGGUUUUGGAGAUGGUGCAGAAUACUAAGUUGAAGACAUAUCAUGAAACUAAUUAUGUGUUUUUAUGACUUGCAGAAACCAUUUUAAUCAUCAACUGCAAACUUUUGACAUUCUUAAAUUAAGAAAAGAUUGGGCGAAUAGUGACUUUAUUUUAGAUAUACACUUGCAUAUAGUUCCUUUCUAAAUCAAAAUUUAUGAUGAUUUACUAUUUAUGAAUUAAUUUGAAAAAGUAUUUGUACAUCAAUUGAAUCAGUUGAUAAGAAUUUUGAAAGUAUUAUAUUAGUAUCUUGUGCUUGUGUAAAUUAUUGUUCAAUGAAAUGUAGGUCAACAUGUGUAUUAAAAAAUCUAAGUUGAUUCCCACACUUUUUUGAAAUGGUAUUACUCCAAUUCUUUCCAUAUGAAAGUAAGAGUCAGAAUGAUUAUUAACAACAAAUGGAAGUUUUUAACGACCUUGACUGGCUAUACAGCCCUUGCACGGUCGGCUUGAUUAUUAACUGCCAUGAUUUUCAAAUAAGUAUUAAUUAGAAACAACCCCAGGCUUAAUUCAAAACAGUUAAUAUAUCAUGACCUGUUACAUAAUUAAACAGACACAAUUUAUUACACACCUAACUGAAUACACACAUUCUUGACCUCAAUAGUACACCUACAAAUGCAUUAUUUAUUUUGAUCUACACUACAUUAAAAUAUUCUGUUAAUUUUGCUAGCUAGCUGAAUGAUUAAUCUGAUGUGUUUUUUUUUCAAUGAAAAUACUUAAAAUGUAUAAAAAAUGCAAGCAAAUUUUAUUUUACUUGUAAAAUCAGUGCCAUUAUUAUCUGACGUAAGUCAAUAAUCAAGUUCUAAUUAAUUAGUUACAAUUAUCAGAAAUUUUGUUGAAAUAUUAAACAAAAUUGCAUAACUCUUACCUGAGCAUUUUCUGCAAUAAAAUUUA